AACUGAAGAAAAAAGACAUAAAAUGAAUGAAAAAAAAAAUUACGAGAGAGAAAAAUACAGGUAAGAACCAGCUCGGAAUCCGCACCUUAAUUAUGCAAAACAAAAGAGAAUUAGCAAAGGGAUCGAUGAAAAAAGCGAAAAGUUUUUAACUCCAACUUUUUUUUUUUUUAGAAAACUCCACCAUUAAGUUUAGCAUACCAAAUCGGGUCAAAGACUAACAAAUUCCACCCAGAGCCGCACAGUUGCCGGCAAUCUCCACCACCAAGGAAAUGCCAGGCCCAGGUCCCCACCUCAUGUAUGCUAUGAGCUCGGGCCUAGCUCUGACCCACCUCACCAGGGGACGUUUCUCCCCUCACCACACCCUUACCUAUACUCUCAACGCCUUCUUCGGCCCUGACAUAGGCUCCUUCUCGGAGUGGCUAACCUCUGUUCUCUUCCUUGACUCUUCCGUUCUCGCUUUUUUAGCUGAUUCAAUCCAUCACCCUGUUUAUUAUGUCUUGAUUCUGGGGCUUCCUUUAUGCCUGUUCUACUCCUGGGCAUCAGGUGUUUUGGUGAAAAGAAGCCUUCUUGAUUCUGUUUCAGGGGUGCCACUUUCAAGGAAGCAAUGCUUAUUGUUGAUAUCAGCUGGUUCUUUUUCCCACUUUUUCCUUGACCAUUUAUUUGAGGAAAAUGGUAAGUCAUCCAUGUAUACUUGGAUAUUGAGCACUGGCUGGUGGAUAAACCGUGCACCUGUUAACCCAGAUGCUGUGGUUGUAGUUGGAUUCCUGUGCACUUGUUUAAUUGGUGGCUUCAUUUACAUUAACAGAGUGGGGUUGCCAAAAUCUACUAGAAAACAAUCAUACCAAUCAAUGAAACUUAUUAUGAUCAUAGCAAGCCUGUAUACUUUCUGGUGUGCAAGCCAAAUAUACUGGGCUAAUCCUCGACGGCCAGCAGUUGGCGAAGAAGCUGAUCUUGGAGUCCUUGUAUUCUUGGCUACCUACUUUCUUCUUCCCCAUGGUCUCUGUAUAUUGUCCAUGAACUCCGAGGAUCUCCACACCGAUCAUAUCCCUCUUUAAUGGAGAAAUUCAGCAAUCUUAUGCUAAGAAAAAAAAGAAUAGUGUCUGCCAAAAAGGAAAAAGAAAAGGAAGAGGCUGCUCUGUAUUUAGAAUUACUUGUGUUUGUGUCUUAGGGCUGGAGGUGAAGUUUUUAGUGAAAAGGAUGAAAGGAACUUACUGAAGUUUUUGGGGAAUCCCUAUAGUAUCUGCUCGAAAGUACUGAGUGAAGUUUGGAGAGCAUUCCAUCUUAACAUGAUAAAAAUGUGAUUUUUAGUUCAUAAAAUCAAUCUAUCCAUCCAUUUGCUAAAAGAAUGAAGUUGAAUGUCAAUAGAAAUUGAUUAAUUACUUUUUGAGGCAUUAUAUUAAGGAGGGGAACUUUUAAAUCUUUAUGCAUGAA